UAUCUUACAUAUCUAUGACUAACGUCGAAAUUCAAAAUGUUUGAUUUUAAAAUAAAUAGUUUGAAUAUUAAAACUUUCAAUAUUUUAAUAUAUCUCUUGUUUUAAUAAUUUUUUAAUAAAAAAGUAUAAUUUGUUUCGAUAAAAUGUCGGGUUACUCUAUAGGACGUAGAUCAUCUACGAAUCCUGUAAGAAUAUCUUUACUUGAUAGAGAAGAUAAAAGCUUGACAAGAACCGAAUCUAGAAGAACACAAACGUUAAAACCAAAAAAUUCUAUUUCUUCAGUUGAAAAUUCUCAUAUACCAAGACCUCGAAUUCGGGCUUCCUCUUGUGAUAGAAUAAAUAUCAAGGGGUCAUUAUUAAAAGCAACAGGUAAAACUCCAUUUUGUCAUGUACCAACAACUCCAAAUACACCAAAUGUUGGCAAAUCUUCCAAUCUUCAUACAAUUGGAAGUUCAAAUAAAAUUCAUGCAGGACUUCCUACAGGUCGUAGAUCUUUAUCAGCUGAUCGUGCUAGCAAUAUUGGUGCAAAAGGUUCUAGAAAGGAUACAAGACCUUUAACAGACAAGACAUAUCAGGCUUAUAUGCUUAAUAAAAUUGAUAACUUUCUUUCAAUAAAUCAUUGUUCUUCGAUGAUUAAUACUAAUAACAGUUUUAAACCAGUUACUUUGAAAAUGUUUGUUGAAGUUUCUGCAUAUUUAUUAAAAAUAUUAGAUAUUAAACAAAUUCUUACUAUUUCCAAUUACGUGGAAGAAUUACCAAAAAUUGCAAAAAAACUGCAUUAUCCAGGAAUAAUUAACAAAUCUUGGUUAAAAACUGCUAAUGCUAUGCAUUCCUGGCCAAAUGUUUUAGGUUGGAUAUGCUGGUUAGUAGAAAUUUGUGAAAUAAGAGAAAUAGCUUUUGAGAAGUAUAAUUUAAAUAAUCUACCAUUUAUGGGAAAUGAACAAGAAGCUAAAAUUAAUAAAAAUGCUUUUUUCUCAAUGUUGAAUUUUUAUAAUGCCUGGAAUGAUGAGAAACUUGAUGAGGAAGCAUCAAUGGUGGAAAAAUAUUUACAAGAAAUUGAAGAACAACAAGGUAUAAGUGAAGAAAAUUUGAAUAAUGCACGUUCUGAACUAGAAAAAGAAAUGCUUAAACAGCAGGAAGCCGAAGAAAAUUUAAAUAAAAUAAAUGAAGAAGUUAAACAUCUACAGGAAGUAUUCUUAUCUUUGCAAAAUGAUGAAGAAAAGCAAUUGAGUGAUAUCAGUGCAAAAGAGGAAUAUAUAAAAACAAUUAAUUUUGAAACAGAUCAAUUAAAUGCCGAAUGCAAUAUAUUGAGUGAACAAAUUUGUUUACAAAAAAAACAGCAUGAUGAAUUACUUUCUACAAUUAAACAACAACCAAUGUCCAAAAUAGAAAGAGAUAAAAUUUUAGAAAAAUGUACAGAAAUUCAAAAUUAUAUACAUCAGUUUGAUGAACAUUUAAAAGAAAUACAAAAAGAAUUAUAUACAAUGGAUAUUAAAUUGGCAUUUAAUAAUAAUGAAAUAACUAAAUCAGUAUUAACAUAUAAUAAUGAAAUAUUUAUGCAUUUUAGUGGUAAUAUAGAUAUAAAUUUAGAAGAAUUAAAAAUGCCAGAAAAAGGUAUAUUGAAACCUGAAAUUAUGGAAAUAUUAAAAGAUAAAGCUAAUUUAAUGAAUGAUUUGAAAGAAUUAUUGAAAUCAGAAAUUAUUGAAAAAGAACGUUCAUUAGAAACAAAUUCUAAUGAAUUAGAAAAUUUACAGGAGAAAAUGAAAACUUUAGAAGAUGAAAAUAGUGAUAUUAUUAAUAAAAUUAAAGAAAAAAAAAGUCUUAUAAAUAAAAUUAAAACUGAUGCAAAACAUGAAGAAACAAAAUUAAGAGAACAAAUAAAGAAAUCGCAAAAUGAAAUUAAGGAAAUUCAAGAUUCAAUGCCAAAUACACAAGAACUUGUUGCAGAAUUAGAAGAAACAACAGAUAAACUAGAUGCAGUUCAGAGAAGAAAAGCAUAUAUAGAGGAAUCUGCUAAGCUAUUUUUUGAUAAGUUUUAUGAAACAUUAGGAGAGCACAGAAAUGCAGUUUAUAAUAUAUUAAUAAAACUUAAUAAUAAGUAAAA